CAUGACAGCGGUAUACACGAGAUUCUCCAGCGCAAAGCGCGAGCGGAAGACGAAGUACGACUUCAUUGGAGUUCAACAUGAGGGCAUAUCUGAAAACAUCUGAGGGGCUUUUUCCACUUCGUCCAAAGACCACUAGUCUAGGGAGAAGAGACGACUGUGACCUGUGUUUGCAGAAUAGUGGGAUUGAAGACCGCCAUGCUCUCAUUGAUUUCAGUGAGACUGAGGGCUGCUUUGUACUCCGAGAUCUCAACUCUCAGCAUGGCUCUUUUGUGAAUGACUGUCGAAUCCAGAAUGCCUCAGUGCGCUUGGCUCCAAGGGACGUACUGCGAUUUGGAUUUGGAGGUCCAACCUAUGAGCUUAUAGUUGAACACACUCCUUCAGUCUCCUGCCCUCCAAUGACUCAUCGUGUGGCUUGGCAAGGACAACUGCAGCUCAUUGAGGAGCCCCAAGCACGUCCUCAGUCCUCGUCUUCAUCCCAGUUGCCCUUCUUGCAGCGCACAUCUUCUGGUUCAAAUCCAUGGGCUCAAGGGGCAGUUUCAGGAAGCACCAAAAGGCCCUUUAUGAAAAGUCGACCGACUAGUUCCGGAAACAGGAAGGGAGUGCUGGUCUCUGCUACUGAACCUGGGGUGCCCACCCUUAAAACAGGCUCCUGGACCAGUAAUGCUGGAAUGGGACGCUCAGCCAGGAGUGCACCUAUAACUUCUUCAUCACAGAAUGUGGAAGAGCUUCUUCUAGAAAAGGAACAGAGACUUCUGCGGCUUGAGGAUGAAGUUAGUCGUUUGCUGCUGUUUGAGGCAGACUCCAGGAACAAGGACAUAGUGAUCGCCAGUCUACGGGAUAAAGUAACCUCACUGCAGUACCAGGUGUCUCAGAAUGGCAUCGACAACAAUAUGGUGAAAAAACCUCAAGGGCUUGAAAAGGAUAUCAUGGCAAAAGAAGAAGAGAUUCAAGUCUUAAGAGAACAGAUGGUUAAACUCCAGAAAGGCUCCAGUGAAGUAAUGAGACACUCCCUCACCGAGAGAGACCUGGAGAUCACUAGUCUGAAGAGUGACAUGGAGAGACUGCGGCGGGAGAACACCAUGUCAGCAGGGUUGGUAACCAGCUUACAACGGGACAUUUCUGUACGAGAUCAACAAGUUCAGCGCCUUUCAGGUGAGCUGGAGAAACUGCGACAAGAGAUACGAGAGAGAGACAGUCAGCUGUCAGCUAUGUCCACCAAGUUCUCAAAAAUGAGGGAUGCAAAGAAGCAGGACAAUGAGCUGCUGGCAUGGGAAAAUGACAUUGUUCAAGAAAAGGGUUUCAAAGAGAUGGAGCAAAAAAUUAAGCAACUUGAGGAAGAAGUUGAAAAGAGUCAUAAAGAAGAAAAAAGCUUAAAAGUUUCUUUGGAAAAGGAGAAGCAGAAACAAUUUCAGCUGUUAGAUGAGAUUGGAAAUGGAAGACAGCAGAUACUAGAGAUAGGCCGUAAAAACCAGAAUGUUAAAGUGGAAUUUGAAGAAGUCCAGUCUCGGCUGGAACGUUUCAGGAGUCGGAUCAUCCAGACCAUGUACACAUCCAAAGUAAUGCCAGCCUCUGAAAAUGCUAUUGAAGAUCAGCAGGUGAUUGACCAGAUGAAACACAUCAUUGAAGAUAGAGAGCAUCUCCAGAAGCAAGUGGAAGAGUUGCAGCAGUCAAUGAAGUCAAGUAAAGAAGACUCCAUGAAGUUAACAGCCAUCUCUGAAGAGCUGAAGAAGGCUUUGGAAGAAUGCCAGGUUCGGCUGAAAGGUGUACACUCCAUAUCAACACUGAGGAGAGAAAUAGAAAAGGUGGAAAAACUGCGUGUUGAGAAGUCCUUAGUCUGGGUUCAGAAAGCCUUUGCUGGCGUCUUAUCUGAUGAGAUGUCAUGGCAGCAGGAAGUGGUGAAGAGUAUUGAGAAAGCUGGUUUUGAUAUUUCUAAUUCUGAAGAAGGAAUUUCUGGCUGUGUGAAGAAUCUGCUGCUGCACCAUGAAGAAGCUAAAGUCAAAGAUAAGGCUUUGCAGGCUCAACUUGCAGAGCUACAGACUUCCCAUAGUUCUGUGCUGCAGGAAAAGAUGAAUAAAGCUUCGAAAGAACUUGAGGAAAAGAUGCAAAAAGAAAUACAGCGAGUCAAGGAGAUAUCUGAGGAGCAGUAUCAGCAGCGUUUGCAAGAGUUGUUGAAAGAAGAGCAGAGCCGUCUGAAUGAGGAGCGAGGUCGCUUGGCUGAGUCACUGAGUCACGAGCAGAAGAGACUCCAGGAAAUGGAGACAAGCUGCGGUGAACUGAAUAAGGUAAUAGAAAAAAAAUCAGGAGAAGAAGAAACCCUGAAAUCAAGAAUAUCAGAGCUCCAAAAGGAACUGGAAUCGUCCAGGAAAGCAGAGGCUACACUGCGAGAAGAUUUAAACACUCAGAAGAGCCACCGUCAAAAGGAGGCCACUGCCGAGCAGGAGAGACACAUGAGUGAAAUAGCAGAGUUCAAAGAGCAGAUCCACCAGCACUCCCGCACCAUUGUUUCUCUGGAAGAGAAGCUCCGUAGGAUGUCAGACCAGCUGCAGACUGCAGAGGUGGAGAAGUCGCAGAUGCUUGAAAAAUACAAAAAUGCUGAACAGAGGCCACCCAGCAAAAAAAUAGUUGUGGAAGCCGUCCCUGCUGUCCAUCACGAGGUGGAGUCACUACAGCACAUGUGCACUCAUCUCAAGGAAGAGUUAGCUCGGUCGCAACAGCAGAGCCUUUUACUGGAAGACACCAUUGCAUGUCUUAAAAGAGAUUUGGCUGGCGCCACAGCCAGGCUGUCAGAUGUCACAGGUGAGCUCAGUGAGAAACAGAAACAUGAACUGGAGAAAACCCGCGCCCUUGUGGUGGAGCAAAGGGCAGAAAUGUCUUCACUCAGGCAAAAGCUGUCUAUGAUGUCUGAUUUGGUAGAAAAAAAAGAUGCAGAAAUGAAACGAGUGAACAAAGAACUGAAGCAAUGCAAGGAGAAUCUUGCAAAGGAACAGAGUGCCCUCAAGGACAAAGAAUUGCAGUACGAGAAGCUCGAGGAAGAAGUCAGGAGCCGGCAUAGCACAGGCUUCUGUGAAUCACCCAUCUCUGACGAGUCAUCCAAGGCAAAUGAGGAGAAGCAGGUACCCUCUGAAUUGGCAGACCUAGGUGCGAAAUGUAGAGGCUAUCGACACGAGGAAGUCAUCCAGCGUCAACGGGAAGCCUUGGCAGAGCUUAGGACCAGACUGAAAGCUUUGGAGAAUGCAAGACCAACAAGCUCCAGUCAGGCACAAUCUCUUCAGCAGGCUGCAGCCAUGAAGAGGGAGCUGGCAGAAUUCCGUGCCCAUCAGGCUGCUUCAGAAAACCAAGAACUGGAUUUUGGCUACACUGGCAAGUUGUCUCGAAGCAGUGCUGGUUCCAGUCAAUAUGACAAUAUAAUGGAAAAGACGUCGAAGCUGGAAUUGGAUGAGAGUUUAGAGAUGAGUGAAAAAACGUACUUAGAACUGGUGAGGGCGUUGGCCAAUCUCCUUAAAGUAGAUGAGCUCUCAGGCUGCAGCUCCCUGAAGCACGUGCCUCAGGACGAGAGGGACAUACUGACCACCUUUCGGAAAAAAGACCAUGAUGUGUUGAGUACACGCAUUGUCCUGCUUCAGAGCCAGGUGGAGCGCAAAGAAGAACUCAUACGGAGAUGUGAAGAGGAGCUCAACAAGCUCAGACUAAGUAAUGCAAGUCUGCAACAACAAGAGACUGGGGUGGAGAGGCUGAAGGAAGAAGCCCAGGCUGUGGCACAAGAGAAUGCUCUGCUGAGGGAAGCACUUGAGCGGGCCCAGCAACGCCUUGACCAGGAAAAACGACUAAACAAGGCCAUUAAAGAGCGCAAGACUUUCCACUUGGAACAUCUAGACAUGAAGUCAACAAAGACCCCAACACACAGCUGUGCAAAUGAGGAUAGUUUUGGGAAGCUGAAUGCCAAGACAACUGUACUACAAGGAAAAAUGAAGAAGAAGGAUUAUGAAAUUGAAACACUGAGGAAGCAGCUUUGCAAGCAGGACAAAGAGCUUAUCAGCACAACCUCUCAACUUGCAAGCCUCAAAACUUCCCUGGCCGCAAAGCAGAGGCAGAGGAGCAACUGUCCAACAAUCGAGUCUCUUACAGUGGGUACGCUAAUGGAAGAUUCAUCCCCCAGUCCCACCCCAUGAUCCAGAUGCCAAUGUCCGACGGGCCUCCCACCCCAAGCCAGCAGUCCUGUUAAACCUGUAUGUGUGACAUGUGCCACAAUCAGCUAUCAACAUGUAAUGAUGUGAAUCUGUAAAUAUUUCUGCAAAAUCUUUUAUAUGAAAAAAAUAAAUCAAAAGUGCUCUUUGCAUUUAAAAAGUCGGAAAAGAAA